CAGUGCUGCGCCGACAUAUACACGCGUUGUACACACAUCGGCCGGACGAAGUAUUGUUUAUAAGUACUAUAGAAUAAUUAUUAUAAUAUUAUGUACAAUCAAUGGUAAAAUACAAUAACGUUAUACUACAACAACGGCCGAUGACCAUAGACGACGACGAAAACGAUAACGUAUUGUACGUCUCACAUGCAUAGUAUUAUAAGCGAUUUUCUUUCCGGGACACCGCGCCAAAAGCUCUGCCGUGUCGACUUUUCGCGCGCGUCAUUCGCACGACAACGACGUCACACACCACUGCCGCCAUAACACCUGCAGUUGGCUACAGGUUGACCCGCGACGGCGGUGCACCUCGAUCACACGUUAUUAUUAUUAAAAAAUUUAAAACCGGAACGACGUGACUGUCGAAAUCCAUGACCGCAAUGUGAUAUAUUAUACUUGCACCUAUACCUAUACAUCCUCUACUACAAUGCCGUCCGUUACAAAAUAUAUUCGCGCGUAAAUCGCAGUACAUGCCGCUUUCCGGCUUCCGCUGAACAAGACAAACUAUAACAGUUUCUUAAUAAUCGUAUGCUUACAAAUUUUCCAUUGUCUAUAUUGUCAACUUUCGCCGCCCGCAAACGACGACCUAAUAUACUGGUGCUAUUACCUACCGCAAUCGUUGCUUGUUUGCGACCGUUGAGUCUGUGUGCUUCUGAUUCUUUCGCUCGCGUAUGCUGUUCCGCUUGUUAUGUGAACUCGAGUACCUACCUGAUCAGCACGUCGGCUAUCAAGAGCUACACAGAAUCCAAAUAUUGAUAAAGUUAUUAUUUUACGUGGACGGAAAUCAGUUUGUCGCGUUUAGAGUCUGCGACUUAAAGGAUAUAAGAAUGCGUUUCCGCGAUCACGGAUUCGCACUGAUUGCUUCAGAUGCACGCGUUGUCGUCGACGAAGAGUCGGCAAACAAGAUGAUGUCAACGAUGGUUGUUCGCAAACUGUUUUUAGGGAAACGGGAGAAACAACAGCAGUCCAUUAAGAGCGAGAAGGUUACCGAAGACAAUGCCAAUAUAAAAAUGGAUUCUGGAUUUUUGUCUGGUGCUAAUUUGUCUUGUGAUAUGUUAUCCAAAGAGAAUAUUGAAUUUGAACUAAAAAACGAAGAGCUCAAUUCCAAACAACAAAAGGAUACUCCAAAAAUUGUUGUGGACAGUGGCUUGGAUAUCUGCGAAUCAGGCUGUUUGAGUGAAUUCGAUGUUGACCAGAAAGACACUUGCAAACCCUAUUCCAAAACUGAAAAGAAUUGGCAGUUUUAUUUUCAACAGAAUGAAGAUGGUGACACGCAACUUCAUCUUGCUAUUCUCCAUGGAUAUAUCCAAGUUUCAAAACGGUUAAUUGAUAUUUGUCCAGAUUCCAAACUUUUAGAUAUACGAAAUGAUGAUGGCCAAAGUGCUCUCCAUUUGGCUGUCAUCACAAACCAAUGUGAAAUUGUAAAAUACCUAAUGAUGGCUAAUGCCAAUGCAGAAAUAUUAGAUUGUAAUGGAAAUACAGCAGUUCAUUUGGCAUGUUAUGAUGGAAAACUAGAUUGCUUGAGAAUAUUAGCUAGUUAUGUAUUACUACCAAAAAUAUUCGAUACUAUUAAUUAUGAUGGUUUGGCGUGUAUUCAUAUUGCAACAAUUGCUAACCAUCCAAAUUUACUUAGAUUUAUUGUUAAUAGUUCAAAAAAUGUGAAUAUCACAGAUUAUAAAAGCGGAUAUACGGCAUUACACUUUGCUGUAGCUCUAAAUAGAGCUAAUCUAAUUGAAUGUUUAUUAGAUAAAGUCGAUCCAAACAUUGAGAGUUAUGCUGGAAAAUUAGCAUUUGAAAUUGAAGGUGAUUAUGAUGAAGAUGAAGAAGAUGAUGAAAUUUCUGACGAUCUUGUGAAAUCGAUGAAUGUACUUCAGUUACCUAAUAACAGUUCAAUCAAGUGUUGAAGAAUUUAUAUAUCAAUGUUGUUUUAAUUUUUCCUAUAUUAGCAUUCAGUCUAAAACCACCUGAUUAUAAUUUCAUUAUCAUUUUUAAAAUCUAGAUAUAUUUAAAUUAGUACAUAAAUAGUUAAAUGUGUAUUUUUUAAUUUUUAAAUUAUUAUUGAUUUCCCCUCCCCCUGUUUUUAUGUAAUAAUAUUAUUGGAAUGUAUUUGAUAUGCACGUUAACUUUUUUUUAUUAUUGGAAAUGUCCAAUGAAUGUUAUGUGAAUGGAAUAUUUUUGUAAUUGACUUGGU